AUGUACAGGCUGGACGUAACAGAGACCUUUGCUGGCAUCAGCCUGCCUGGCCAUCUCCACACCCAGGCGUCCCUGAACUUUGCCAGCACUUUCCAGUUCUGCAGCUCCGAUGUCCUCCUGGUUACCUACCCCAAAUCAGGCACCACCUGGAUGCAGGAGAUCCUGACCUUAAUCUACAGCAAAGGAGACCCUCAGCCUGCCAAGAACAUCCCCAACUGGACCCGGAACCCAUGGUUGGAGCACACCUACUUCUCAGAGAUUCUCCAGGCGACAGAAGGCCCUCGCCUCCUCACCACCCAUUUGCCCUACUGCGUGUUAUCAGCUUCUCUAAGGAAAGCUAAGCCCAAGGUGAUCCAUCUGACUAGAAACCCCAAAGAUGUUGCUGUGUCCUUCUAUCACUUCUGCAGGAUGGCCAAAUUCUUCCCUGACCCUGGCACCUUUGAUGAGUUCCUCCUCAGCUUCUUGGAUGGCACAGUGCACUACGGUUCCUGGUUUGAACACACCAAAGGCUGGCUCAGCUGCAAGGAAGAGUUGGAUGUUUUCUACAUCACCUAUGAGGAACUGCACCAGGAUCUGGAAGGCUCUGUGGAGCGACUGAGUGCCUUUCUUGACUGCCCUCUGCAACCAGGCCAGAUGGCUUCCAUCCAGAAGCAUUGUAGUUUUGCUUCCAUGAGAAACAACACCAUGGUGAAUGGUACACUCGUCCCUCAUGAGAUCAUGGAUCCAAGCAAGAGCCAGUUCAUGAGGAAAGGUAUUGUUGGAGACUGGAGGAACCACUUUUCCCCGCUGCAGAUUGAGAUGUUCAACAAGAAGUACCAGCAGGAAAUGGGAGACUGCUGCCCGUGUUUCAUGGACUGAUGGCAACAUGAUCCAGGAGCCAAGGGAUUAUAGCUAGUUGGGGAUUCCCACUGUGUUCAAAGAACCACUGGACAAAGGCUCUGCAGGGACCUUUCCCAUGUCAGAUAAAAUAUAAAUGAGCUCAGAGUCGAGGUCGUCACCCACAUAGACAGAAGCUGUCUACCUUCCAUAACCUGGUGCCCUCCAGAUGUUUUGGACCACAACUCCAAUCAACAUCAGCCAAGUUGACCAUUGAUGUUGAUGAGAGUUGUAGUCUGAAACACCUGGAGGGCCCUCACCAGCAACGAAGAUAUUUUACCUGAAAUUCCUGUUACCUAAGGUCCUGUAACCAGAGAUGGAUGAGACUGAAAUGGGGAUCUUCUUCAGAGAAGCCACAU